CGCUCGCUGUACUGCUAAAUCAUUUAGUAGAGUUCUGUGCAGAAUGAGGCGGCUACUUUCUUUGCCUUCCACCGACAACAUCAUACAGCAGCAUCUUUAGACUGUCGUCGGAUGCUGAAGCGGUAGGAUCUCGUGUGUCUUUCCGAUUCUUCUUCAAAGUCGACAAGUACUUUUUGGAGAAAAAAAAACUUUUUAAAUUUACACCACAAGCUCUGAAUUUCCGUUACAACAUUCACCAAGCAUCCGGAAGUCUCGUAGCUCCUUAACGUUUAUUCUCUUGAGUUGGGUUCUUGUUGUACUAGCACACUUCUAUUUGAAACAUGAUCUAACAACGUGGGUGAUUCUUCGUUUGUGAGUGGAAAAACUUUUGCAAUUUAUGCUUGUUAAAAUACAUACAUUCCAACCACGUUUGGCUGCAACUAAACGUGGUGAUUUCCUCCUUCACUCAGUCAAAGAGUGAUUCUUGUGAUUUGUGUCGAAUGAAAAGAGAAUAAAUUACUCACAAUUUGUGCUAAAGAGUGUCCAGGUGGAAAAGUGAUUAAGCCAAGGAAGAGCAUUAAUGUACCACAGAGAAAUGGUGUUAGUUUAAUCAAUUUGCAAAAGGAGCAGCAUUUCCACCUGCUUGUGCUGCAAGGGAGAUACCAUCCAGAAGUGAUGGGCUGACACUUUAACCCCCAAUCAGAAGCCAUGGAUGGUGAAAAUCGGAUCAUCUUGAAUGUGGGUGGAAUUCGGUAUGAGACAUAUAAAGCCACCCUGAAAAAGAUACCAGCAACACGAUUGUCUCGCCUCACAGAAGCUCUGGCAAAUUACGAUCCUGUCCUGAAUGAGUACUUUUUCGACAGACAUCCGGGAGUUUUUGCACAGAUUCUCAAUUACUACAGAACGGGGAAGCUGCAUUACCCAACUGAUGUGUGUGGACCACUUUUUGAGGAGGAGCUGGAGUUCUGGGGUCUUGACUCAAAUCAGGUGGAACCGUGCUGUUGGUCGACGUACAGCAUCCAUCGAGACACACAGACAACACUGGCCAUUUUGGACAAGCUGGACCUGGAUAAUGAGCAACCAUCAGAAGAUGCCAUCUCUCGUUUAUUUGGUUUCGAGGAAAGCGCGGAGUUGAAUUGCUGGCAGCGGAUCAAGCCCAAAGUAUGGGCCAUGUUUGAUGAACCAUCCAGCUCAACAGGUGCCAAGAUAAUUGCUUGCAUUUCUGUGUUCUUCAUAUGCACGUCUGUGAUAUCGUUCUGCCUGAAAACCCAUCCGGGAUUUCGUGUAGAAAUUCCAACACCCAACCCCUAUACGAAUAUGACCCCCACACCCAUAGUCAACUUAGAGGAGAAUGCUAUGGCAUCUCUGGGGCCAGGCAAUCGGAGUCGUUUCUUUGCCAAUAAAACCACAAUGUCUGAGGCGAGAUACCCACCAACAUUCUUUCACUGGAGACGCCUCAGCAAGGACGGCUGGCAGGAUGGUCAGCCUCACUUAGCAUUCUUCUACGUAGAGCUCGUGUGCAACGUGUGGUUUAUUAUUGAAUUGGCCAUACGUUUUGUGGUGGCUCCCAAUAUCCUUCAAUUCAUCAGAUCCCCUGUGAAUAUUAUCGAUCUGGCUGCCACACUCAGCUUCUACACGGAUGUCGUUCAGCAGAUGGGUGAACAAACUGGGCUUUUGGAGGCCUUUUCAAUAAUUCGAAUUCUUCGGCUCUUUAAACUCACCCGCCAUUCACCUGGCCUGCGAAUCCUUAUUCACACUUUUAAAGCCUCUGCCAAGGAGCUUACACUCCUCGUCUUCUUCCUAGUUCUCGGAAUUGUGGUGUUUGCUAGUCUUGUCUACUACGCUGAGAAAUUGCAGGAUAAUCCUGACAAUCAAUUCAAGAGCAUCCCGCUUGGCCUUUGGUGGGCUAUUGUGACCAUGACAACAGUUGGUUAUGGUGAUAUGGCACCCAAGACAUAUGUUGGAAUGUUUGUGGGUGCUCUUUGUGCUCUGGCCGGUGUCUUGACCAUUGCUCUUCCCGUUCCUGUUAUCGUCAGCAAUUUCUCGAUGUUUUAUUCUCACACACAGGCCAGAUCAAAACUUCCCAAGAGACGUCGGCGAGUGCUUCCGGUUGAACAACCAAGACGCAAACGUGAUAUUGCUCCUGCCACAAAUCGCCGCAUGAAUGCCAUGAAGCACCAACACGCAUCACAUACACAUCCCGCCAUCUUCAAGGAUGCCUUUGGAGGAGCAAAAAUCGGACAUGUGGACACCGUGAAUAUAAUCGGACUAAGCUUACAAAGCCCAUCAGUGCCAGGGCUUGCGGUCAUGCGUCCACUAUUAUUGCCUAAUCGCCAAGGUGAUUUCCUCACUGUACCCACCCUGCAAACCUUGCAGCCCCGGGCAGCCACCACCGGCAAUGUGGACCUCCUAUUGCCAUUACAACCAAAGCUUCUAGCCAAUUUAGAACGCAGAGAAAUGCCAACAUCGAGGGAGGAAAUUCAAUUAAGAGAACAGCCAAAAGUUAUUCUGCAUCGCGACGAUAUACCCUAUGUGGAUGUUGGCAACGAAAAUCCAACUUGCGAUUGAAAUUAUGUAAAUGGAAAAUGUGUAUGUCAGUGUUUCAUGAUUAUGUUUGAGAAUGAGAAUGAAAUGGGAUAAGUGGAGCAAAAUAAGAGAGAGAGAGUGGGAGAGAAUAUAGAAUACAAAAUUGAAUUUUACUGUAAAGUAUUUUAAGUAAAAUUAAACUCACAUUUGUGAAAAUUUCUAUCUCAAAACUUUUACCAUCAUGGAAAACUUGUAUUCUAAGUUCUUUCUUUUUACCUUUAUAAAAUUUUAUGGAAAUUCUGUCGUUAUCGAUAUAACCGAAAGUGAAAUAUAGAUACAUUUAGUGUAAAUGGCGCCAUGAGAUUUCUUUUUUUAUUAAACAUACAGGGUGGAGGCAUAACUUGUGACCAAAUUAAGCACACAUUUGCUCAAAUAAAAUAAAAUUUUGGCUGUUUCGAUUUAUCCAGUAGGGGAAUUCCGUAUUUCGACUCUUUACCCCCUAUGGGGUCAUAUUUUGAUACAAUUUUGAAAAUUUGAAUCUUAGAAUUUUUGACGUCAACCUGUUUGUUCAUUUGAUCCGUCUUUCUGUUCACCUGUCGCCAGUUCAAAAGUGUAACUGGUUAAAGAUAGAAAUUUGGGACAUUCUGAUGGUGCUUCAUAAGUCAAUAGACCGUUUUGGAUACUCAUUUCUCCCCAUUUCUACCUUCUACCUCUAAAACCAUGUUUUUUGGGGUUGCAUGAAAACGCGUCGUACGAUUUUUCUGAUUAAUAUUUGGAAAUGUUUUAGAAAUUGCUAAGAAAUAUUAAUUAUUGAUUCCUAAUAACAGUUCUUCAAGGUCAAAUGUUGAAAGCUUAUAAAGAUUUCAUUUAUCAACCUAAUAGUGCCAUAUUUGAACUCGUUAUAAAGGUCUUGGAAUUUCUGACGAGUUUGCACCGAUUCCGAUAAAAUAAAGGAUCGAUAAUUAAUUUUUAUUCGAAAUUCAGAUGUGUUACUCUUAACCCUUUAAGGACGAUUGGAACACCGGUGUCCCAUAAAGAAAAUAAUUUUUCCUGACAACGUAAAAUUAUUUUUUUCUUAUGUCUGCACAUAAUUGUAAAGCAGAAGGUUGAAGGAAUCUAAGAUAUUUUUUGCAAGUCUCUAGCUAUUUGCUACGUAGUAAAUAUUUAAGCUCAAAAAUGGUAAAUUUUUAAAUUCUCAAAUUCAUAAGUGAUUUUAUUUAUUUUUUAUACUUCCAAUUUUUUUAAGCUAAAUCCUUUUGGCAAUAAAAACUUCAAUACCCAUAUGUAAUAUUUUUCAUUAAAGCGAAAAUUAUUAUUCAUUGGUAUUGUCAGAAAAAUUACUUAAAUUUUUGGGCUAUUUUUGUCCCUAUCGUUCAUAGAAGCACAAAAUACACCGAAUCAGAUUCUAUUGGACUUUCCAAGGUUAGAUGUAAGACUUAUCAUUGAUUAUGUUUCUCAGUUUAAUUUUUAUUGUUGAUUUUCAGUCCGUAAAAAGUGUCUCGUCGUUAAAGGGUUAAGGUAUUAUGGUCGACAUCUUGAGUUAUUAAACCUGCACAGUAAAUCGUUUCGAAUCGGUUGUCCACCGGUAAACUGUAAAUAAUGCGAAAACACUUUUUAGGUGUAGGGAAGGAAAAGUAAACGACAAUGUUUUAUAAAUUUGUUAUGGUUUGAACUAUCACAAAUUUAAAAUACGUUACUUAUAAUUUUGUCGCAUAAGCUUAAAUGACAAUGUAGAAUCACAUUUUGCAAAAACCUCUCCUGAAAUUAGAACGAAAUUUGUCAUAAUGAUUUGCCAGACUGAUACAGAAAUCCCCUAGAGGUUAAAUUUUAAAAUAUUUGCUUAAGCCUCUAAAAGAGUCAUUUUUUUUGAUAAUGUCAAAUUCACCACUUGUGGCCACUUUUGGCUAGUAUCAUUUAUAGACAACAUUCAGAUUUAUUUCAUCAAUAACGAUUGCUCGUAACCAUGUUUUAAGGAGGGAAAUC